CGAACCCAGUGUCAUUCAAGAUUAUCAUCAACCCUUUCCCUCCAGCAAGAAGAUGGCGAUUGGAGGCGACGAACCCUUGUUGCCAUUCGAGAUUAUCGUCAACAUUCUCAAAAGGCUUCCUGUCAAAUCCAUCGUUCGAUUUCGAUGUGUCUGUAAAGAUUGGAAAAAUCUCUUCAAAUCCCCAUCUUUCAUCGCUGAACACUUACGCCACUCUGAUCGCAAAAACCCUUUGCUUCUCCUCCAGGAAUACAAUUGCUAUGAUAGACGUGCGUACUUCUGUUUGCUUGAUCAUAAGAUGGAAGCCGUUGAAUCUUUUAGCACACCCCCCAAUUGGGGUGUUACUGGUUCCUGCAAUGGCUUGCUUUGUGUCAAAAUCUAUCUUUAUCGAAACGGGUUUCCUGUUUACCCAAUGAUUAGAGAGCCAUAGAGACAAUUCCAUGGAUAUAAGGGUGAUGGAGCUGGUUGCUACUGAAUUUGGGAGGCGUUUGAGUUGUCAGAGUAUAUCUUUGACACAUUUCCACAUGCUUCAGAUCCUGUAUGUAUUUGGAGGAAUGAAAUAGUUUUCUUAGGCAUUGAAUGUGAGAUUGAAGCAGGACGAUGUACCAGUGUACUUUCUUAAUCUGUUCAAUCUCACUACUAAAAAAUGGAAGGAGUUCCGCAAAUUUCCAUCUGCCCAUUAGUGCCAUGCGGGUUUCAAUUAUGAAAGUAGCCUUGUGUCUGUUUGGAACACCGAGGUUGAAUAGCCUUGCUCUGAAUAUGAUUCUUAUUUCUGCAUUUCAGGUUUCUUUCGUCUUUAAUCCACCAAACCUUUCCGCAUUUUGGAUGUAUCCAUGAUCCUUGAGGCCCCUUUGAACAGUGAUUUGGAAUGGGGAAAUUUAGUACUAGUUUGUUUCAAACUUUAGUUUAGCUUUCUGUAUCAUCAUAUGUUCAAUUCUCAUGUAUGAAUAUAUAGUUCAGUUGAUGAUAUGUAAUCUUUUGUGGGUUUUAUUGGCCACUUAAUAUGCUAAGAGGGAAGGAAGGGCUAACCUCAUCCCAGAUUAAUGCUUCU